GGAGAUGGGAAUGGGAAGGAAGGAAGGAAGGAAUCAUAUCCCUCCCCAGCACAUAUACUGGAGAGGGGAAAGGAAGGAAAGAGAUGGGAAUGGGAAGGAAGGAGAUGGGAAUGGGAAGGAAGGAGAUGGGAAUGGGAAGGAAGGAGAUGGGAAGGAAGGAAGGAAGGAGCUUAGUGGACAGAAGCACUGACAUUUUCUGGCGCAUCCUGGAACUGCCAUUGAUCGCCUGUUUCCUGCAGACGUCUGAAGCUGCCCAGCCACUUUGAUUCCUGGAAAGACUCUCAACAUCUUUUUUACAUCAUGGUGACCAAAACUGGAUGCAGUUUUAAGCCUUCCGCUGGUGUCGGAGAACACAUCCCCGAGCCUUGCCCGAAUCCAGCACCCAGGACUCGUUUAACACACAUCACUGGCUCCCGAGAGUGGAUCAGGUGGAACAGACAAUAUCCGAACGCUGCGUUGGAGAGAGAGGCAGAGGAGGCGAAAAUUGGCCCGGAACAACUCCACAGCUUUUCCACAGCUGAGAGAGAACAGCAUUUGGAAUUGGGCCUGAAAAGGUCUGGCAAACAACAAAGACAUUGCAGAAGAAGCAUUAUCCUGGCAUGGAAAGCUGGCCAUGGUACCCCAGACCCAUCACAGUGGCCUAGUUGUCUGAGAAGCACACCUGGCCUGAAUCAAGUCGUUGGAAUACAGCUCCUGGAAUUCCCAUCCAGAUUUAGGAGGCAGUAUGUUCAAGAAAAAACGUCCAAUGAAAAUGACCACGGGGGGAGAAGCUAAGAGUUCAAGUCCUGGAAAGCUGCAUCCGGGGAGCAUUCACAUGCAGCCCUCUCAGGACGAGAGGCCACGAAGCCGUUUUUGCGGGGAUCUGCCUCUUCUCCUUCCUAUCCGGUCUGGCACUGGGGUGACACUCAACGUUGGCCCAUCGGGAACCAUCUCCAAAAGCCCAGCAGGGUAAUGCGGUUUCUGCCAUUGCGCCCAGCACGAUAACGCCGAAUGGACACGGAGGAUGAAGCUUUAUUGCAAGAUGUCAGUGCCAAUGAAGACGAGGAGGGGGCUUGUGGCCCUGGCGUGAAAACCGGGGGGCCCCGCCUCUGCGGAAAAUGCCAGUGGAACCCCAGGCCCCGGGCCACCUUCGUGACGCUCCCGUCCUCGGAUUUUUGGACCCUGGUAGGCUGGGUCUUCACCAACCCUUAUUCCGCCAGCCUCAUCCUCUUCUUGGGAUGCGCCAUUCCUGCCGGCUUGGCCCUCACCAUGUUCCUCCACUACCCUGCUCUGGACAUUGACAUCUCGUACAACGCCUUUGAGAUCCGCAACCACGAGUCCUCGCAGCGCUUCGACGCCCUCACCCUGGCCCUUAAGUCCCAGUUCGGCCUGUGGGGACGCAGCCGCCGAGACCUGGCCGACUUCAGCUCGGAGACCUUGCGCAGGCUGAUUUUUGAGAAGCUGCAGCACCUCCAGCACAACGCCACGCGGUUGGGCGGGCCAAAUCUCUCCCCGAGGCAGCGCAGGGAGACAAGCCAGGGAGAUCAGGCUGGUCCAGCCAAUCACACCUCCCACCGGGCCCGAAGCCCCCUCCCUCGGUGGGAGUAUCCGAGUGCCGCCAUCAGUGCCAACACCCAGACUCACGCCCACUGGCGCAUUGAACUCAUCUUCCUGGCUCGGGGAGACGCCGAGAAGAAUAUCUUCACCUCCGAGCGGCUGCUGACGAUCCACGAGGUGGAGCGUAAAAUUAUGGACCAUCCUCACUUCCAGGAGUUUUGCUGGAAGCCUCACGAGGUCCUCAAAGACCUCCCGUUGGGCGCUUACUCCUACUGCUCCCCUCCCAGCUCCCUCAUGACUUAUUUCUUCCCCACAGAGAGGGGGGGCAAGAUAUACUACGACGGCCUCGGACAAGAACUCGCUGACAUCCAAGGGUCUCUCGAGCUGGCUAUGACCCACCCGGAGUUUUACUGGUACGUGGACGAGGGUCUCUCGGCCGAGAACAAGAAGAGCUCUCUCUUGCGCAGUGAAGUCCUCUUUGGCGCUCCCUUGCCCAGCUACUAUUCCAUGGAUGACCGCUGGGAAGAACAAUGCCGGAAGUUUCAAAACUUCGUGGUCACCUACGUGGCCUUGCUGGCCAAAGAGUCUACCAGCAAGGUCCAGGUGCUCUACGGCGGGACGGACCUGUUUGAUUACGAAGUGAGGAAGAUUUUCAAGAACGACAUGCUGCUCGCCUUCAUCAGCAGCUCGUGCAUUGCGGUACUGGUCUACCUCCUGGCGUCCUGUUCAGUCUUCCUGUCCUUUUUCGGCAUCGCCAGCAUCGGCAUCAGCUGCCUGGUGGCCCUCUUCCUUUACCACAUUGUCUUCGGAAUCCAGUACCUGGGCAUCCUGAACGGAGUGGCGGCCUUCGUUAUCGUGGGCAUCGGGGUGGACGACGUCUUUGUAUUCGUCAACACCUAUCGGCAGGCCACGCACCUGAAGGACCUCAACCUCAGGAUGAUCCACACCGUCCAGACGGCCGGCAAAGCCACCUUCUUCACCUCCUUGACCACGGCGGCUGCGUACGCCGCCAACAUAUUUUCCCAGAUCCCAGCUGUCCAUGACUUUGGUCUCUUCAUGUCCCUGAUUGUCUCCUGUUGCUGGGUGGGGGUCCUCUUCACCAUGCCAGCUGCUCUGGGGAUUUGGUCUCUCUACUGGUCUUCCCUGGAAAACACCUGUCAGGCCAGAUGCCGUAAAAAAUGCACAAAGGAAAGUGCUUUGCAGAGCCCAGAUGGCCUGUUCGUCUCCUUGGCAGUGGCUGGCAGGUCAGGCCUGGGCACUCUGCCUUACCUGGAUGAUGACAUCCCUCUGCUGAGUGUGGAGGAGGAACCAGUUGCUCUAGAAAUGGGGGAUGUCCCCUUGGUAUCUGUGUUGCCCGAAAAUCACCAGCUCACCACCAACAAUGACAGCCCAGGACACCUGAUCACUCACCUGCAGGAGCUCCUGAAGUGCUGGGCCCUGUGGUCGGCAGUCAAAAGCAAAUGGGUGAUUGUGGGGCUGUUUGUCUUGGUUCUCAUCCUUUCCAUCUUCUUCGCCAGCCGCCUUCGCCCAGCUAGCCGUGCCCCUCUGCUCUUCAGGCCCGAUACCAACAUCCAGGUGUUGAUGGAUCUCAAGUACAACUUGAGUGCCGAGGGCAUCUCUUGUGUCACCUGCUCAGGCUUGUUUCAGGAAAAACCCCGUAAUCUGCAGAAUAACAUCCGCACCUCCCUGGAGAAGAAGAAGAAGAGGGGGUCGGGGCCCCCAAGCAGCGGCCGAGGGAGCCCCCUAGACGACAGAGCUCUCCAGGAUCCCCAGGGAACCGUCUACAUCUUCAGAUAUAAGGGCAACAGCCGGCCGGUGAUCUACAGGUUUUCUCUCAAUGCCACCGUGCCGGCACCGUGGCAGACCGUGCCCGCAAAAGAUGGAGAAGUGCCUUCCUUCCAGGUGUAUAACGUUCCUUACGGUAACUUCACCAAGAGGCUGACCGCUUGUAUGUCCACAGUAGGGCAUGUCCAACCAGGGGCCAGCAAGAAGUGGAUGAUGACCAGCUUGUCAUGCGACGCGAAGAGAGGGUGGAAAUCCGACUUCAGCUUCUACGUGGCUGCCCAGGAGCAACAGCGCACACGGAAGCUGUAUUUCGCCCAGUCACAUAAGCCUCCGUACCACGGCCGGGUCUGCCUGGCACCCCCGGGCUGCCUCCUCAGCUCCAGUCCGGAUGGACCCAACAAAGGAUACUUAUUCGUGCCAAGCGAGAGAGCCUCUGUCAAAUCCAAGUUCUCCAUCACGUCAGGGUUGAACCCCUGCCGGAACGGCAACUGCGGGAAGCCGGCCGUGCGCCCGCUGGUGGACACGGGCGCCAUGGUGUUUGUGGUGUUUGGGAUCCUUGGGGUCAACCGUACGCGGCACACCGACAACCACGUCAUUGGAGACAUGGGUAGCGUCAUCUAUGACAGCAGCUUCGACCUCUUCAAAGAAAUCAGCAACCUCUGCCGGAUCUGUAAGGCCAUCGCCAGCAACGCCGAGCUGGUUAAGCCAGGAGGAGCCCAGUGUCUGCCUUCAGGUUACAGUGUCUCCUCUAUCCUUCAGAUGCUACACUCGGAGUGUAAGAAUCUGCCCGAGCCCAACCUGCUUCCCGGACAGCUCUCCCACGGAACGGUGGGGGUGAAGGACGGCAAGAUCCAAUGGAUCUCCAUGGCCUUUGAGUCGACCACCUACAAGGGGAAAUCGUCCUUCCAGACCUAUUCCGAUUAUCGCAAAUGGGAAACCUUCCUUCAGGAUCAGCUCCGGAAGUUUCCAGAGGGUUCUUCACUACGCCGGGGUUUCCAGACCUGUGAGCACUGGAAGCAGAUCUUCAUGGAAAUCAUAGGCGUGCAAAGUGCCCUUUACGGCCUCAUCCUUUCCCUGGCGAUCUGCAUUGCCGCCGUCGCCCUCUUCACCACCCACUUCCUCCUCCUCCUUCCUGUCUUGCUCACCAUUUUAGGCGUCGUCUGUCUGGUGGUGACCGUCAUGUACUGGUCGGGCUGGGAGAUUGGGGCCGUGGAAGCCGUCUCGCUCUCCAUCCUGGUGGGCUCCUCGGUGGACUAUUGCGUGCAUCUAGUGGAGGGCUUCCUUCUGGCUGGGGAGAGCCUGCCCCCUCACCUGGCGGAGGACCCCAGCUCCAGCCGCCAGUGGAGGACGGUGGAGUCCGUGCGGCACGUGGGCGUGGCGGUGGUCUCUAGCGCGAUCACCACCAUCGUGGCCACCGUUCCCCUCUUCUUCUGCAUCAUCGCCCCCUUUGCCAAGUUCGGGAAGAUCGUGGCCCUCAACACCGCGCUCUCCAUCCUCUACACGCUGACUGUCGGCACGGCCUUGCUGAGCAUCAUGGGGCCGCCUUCCUUCACCCGCAGCCGGACUUCCUUCCUCAAGGCCGUGCUGGGGGUGCUGCUGGCCGGGGCGGGGGGCCUCGGCCUUUACCUGGUGCUGCUAAGAAGCGGACUGGAGAUCCCCCUCCUCAGCGGGGCCGGCUUAUAGUCCACCGAACUCCUCGGGCCCAUUUUCCCUCUCCAAAAGAGAGAGAGAGAGAGAGAAAAAAACUCGGGUGAGAUACUUGGGUGCAUGUUCUCAUGGGACGGGAUGGGGUUCUGAUCCAGCUCCACGGGCGUUGCUGGGAACGCAGCUCCCUGUCCGUGGACCACUCCCCUGUUGGCAGAAUGGGACCCCUGGAACCGCUCUCCUCCUUCCGGGUCUCCUGGUGAUAUCAAUGCUGUCAAUGGGGGUCUUUCCCCACGCACACGACGGGGAGAAGACAAGGCCGAGCAGAAAGAUGGGGCAGUCCAGAGAUGGACCUCCAAUUCUGGGAUCAGCCAGAAAUCCUGCCUGUGGUUUUCCAAGAAUCCCUUUCAGAGGUCCAGGAGAAAACACCCUUGGAUUCCCAAUUUUGACUUCCCCCCUUCCUCACCUUGGUUUCCACUAGCACUUUAAUUCCUACCUCCCCUUGGCUUGCUUCCAAGGUAGGGUUUUAUUUGGGGGGGGAGGGAGAGAAACAAUGAGGAUCUGGCCAGCAACAAAAAUUCCUCUCCCCCUUUGGUGGAAAGAAAAUAAUCAAAGGCUGCCUUCUUCAUUUGCUUCUUCCCUCUCUCCCCGGUUCUGAAAAAUCUUUCCCGGCCUUGCAUUUUAUUUUAUUUAGCUUGGGUUACCCCAGCUCUUCGCAUUUCCCCCGUCCCCUGUUUGGUAUUUGCAAACCCCGUUUUUUUUGUGUGUGAUGAGAAACAGGCCAGAGUUAAGCCCUGGGAAUUCUGGGAGUUGACGUUCCCAAAGCUUAAGAAGUCCUCCGGGUCAAGGUCCCUCUCGUUCUUGAGAAGGGUGUUUGAAUUGACCAGCGGAUUGAAAUCUCUCCCAAGUCCAGCCUUGAGUUCACCUUUAAUUUCCUGCUUUUUUUUUUUUUUCUUCUGUUCCUUCCCGGAAUAUCAUUUUUUGAGCCUCUCCAUUUUUUUCCCCCUUUUUGCUUUCCUGGAAAGGCAAUAAACUGCCAGUGAUUUACCACCAACAGGAAUCUUUGGCUGUUCCAAGGCUGCUGCUGGCUGAUUUACACUGGCUUCACUCCUCCUUGCUGGAUUCCGGGAUUCCUGGAGCUGCUCCCUGGGCAGUUGCCAGCUUCUCUCUUAGCCAAAGGAGGAUCUUGAAGGGCCCUGCUGGAUCUGAGCCAGGCCCUGUCAAACCCCCUGGGUGAGAAUAGCCAGACCCAGAUUUAGCUGGGGGUGGGGGGAACAUUUUUCUCCAUGUUGGGGGUCUGGUCUUGACGAGCAGGUGUCAACCCUUGGCCAUCGUUUGUCCCGGCAAUUAAAGAGCACAAUUUCUUCCCUUUUGCUGUCCCUAUCCAUUUUUUUUGUUUUCUUUUUUUGAGUUGGCUGCUCUCGCCUUCCUCGUUCCUUAGUUAACCGCUCUCAGUUGUUGAAUUCGUGUGUGUGUCUUCUUUUUGAGACUGUUGGAAAAGAAAACACAGGUUUUGACAUUCGGUUGUGUCUCUGUGCGUGGGUGUCUUCCUGGCCUCGUUUCUUUCUCCAGUUUCGUUCUGCUGAGGUUUCAAAGAUUUCUCUUCUUCACGUUUUCUAAAGGUAGACUACUCCUGGCUGCAGAAGCUUUCUUUUGUUGUUUUCUUUACUAUCAUAAUUACAAAUGAAUUUUUUUCCUUCCUCUUUGGACAUUAUGCCUAAUAUCAGCCAAACAUACAUAUAUAUAUAUGUAUGUAUGCAUGUAUAUAUGCAUGUAUAUGUAUAUGUAUAUAUUAGCUCUGAGGAAGAGGGAGCUGAAAAAAAUCCAUACCAUCUUCACAGGUAGUUCUCAACUUUUGAGA